UCGUUGUAAGUUGCGAGUUAUCGUUGUGAAUUUUGCGAUUUAUGUGAUUUAUACAAAAAUCGAACGCGAGAGAUAACUACGUUGCGCAUUGUUUCAACAAAGACCACUAAAACUACUGGGUUAACGCAAAAAAAGUGAUUUCAUAAUAACUUGUUACGAUGUCAAGAGAUAAUAAUAUUUAUUAUUCUGAGAAAUAUUACGACGAGGAGCACGAAUACAGGCAUGUGGUACUUCCAAAAGAGAUGGUGAAGCUGGUCCCCAAGAACCACCUGAUGUCGGAGUCGGAGUGGCGCAGCAUCGGGGUGCAGCAGAGUCAGGGAUGGGUGCACUAUAUGACGCAUCAGCCUGAGCCUCAUAUUCUGCUAUUCAGGCGAAAAAAGACAACGCCACCCGAAAAGAAAUAGACCACCAAACAAAUGUACAUGUAUAGAUCUUCAUCAAUUAGUUUUAAUCUUAGGUUUAGUCAGCCCUCAACAAACUACAUUCUUAUUAAUUCUUAAUUAUAAUUUCUUAACAAUUCAUAGUCUCUGCUGGGCAUGGCUCACGUAAGAAGGCGUUAAACUCCACCACACUUGCCCAUUGCAUCAUGUUAUGUUAAAUAGUUUUGAAAACUGUUUGUGUUUGUUCUAGCUAGUGGUAACCAAAAACAAGCCUAAUUAAAAUGUACCGUAAUUUUAUCAUUAUACUAUUAUUAGGGUUAUUUCAUUGUCUUACAAUUAUGUGGACGUCGGGUCCGCGCUAAAAAGUGUCCGAACUUAUAGGGCGUUAAAAUCGUAUACAGAGCGUCAUUCACGCUUUAGUCUUCAUUUGUUCGACUGACAGCGA